CGCAGAGCAUCGGGUGCCGUGCGCUGAGUGAGCGAGUGCCGGCGGCGACCUCUUGACGUGGCACUUCCUGAGUUUGUGGAUACAGUGUAACACCGAGAGCAACCUCAGCAAAAAAAAACACAAGGCACCGGCUCCACCGAGCACCAGCUUGGAGAUCGCAACCGGUUCUCAGCACCAGUAAGCAAACCGGCUACCGGGUAUUGGAUCUACGUUAUCUAAGGAAUGAGCAUUUCCUGAACAAAAAAUGAGUAAUCAAGGAUAUGUCGCAACACCACCUUAUUCUCAAGCUAAACCUGGAAUUGGAGGAUAUUCUCCUGGCUUUAGUUCAGCAACUUCACAGCCACAUUAUGGUCACUAUGGUGGAACAGUUCAACCAUAUUCUGCAGCUCAAACAGGACCUUUAAAAUCACUAUCUUCACCUCAUGGAUCUUCGAUCUCUGGUCACCCACCACCUGCUCCGAGCCAGUUUGGCCAAACUAGCCUCCAAAAUGGAAUAUAUAAUCCUGGAAACCAGAUGCCAAGCCAUGCUAUUCCUCCUCCAUGCAGUGGUCAGACACCUCCCCUUCAGUCCCAUGGUACAAAAUCACAGUCAAAUUACCAGAACACUGCACCACCUGUAUUCACACAGCAAGUCAGCAGUCAGCUUGGUGCGAUGCAAAUAAGCAACUAUGGUUCUUCUCAAGCACAUCCAUCAAGUAUGCCAUCGCUAUCUGGACCACCAAUCCAGACUUCAUUCCAAGGGUCUGAAUCACAACAACUUUUACCUCCCAUUGCAUCUCCUAAAUCUCAAGGACUGCCUGUUCCUCCUGGUGUCCCAUCAGCUACAGUGCCCCCUGGAAUGCUUCCACCUUCUCCUGUAGGUAUGCCUGUUGGCCAUGCUGGACCCAGUCAUGGUAAUGUUGGCUAUCAGCAGAUUUCAGGCCAGCCUCCCAUGACUGCGUACUUACCACAACCUGGAGGGAUGUACGGAGGGCAGCAAAGAGGCCUUCAGCCAAAUUAUCCUGGUGCCUAUCCAGGGGCUCCAGUGACCGGUACACAGCUUGCUGGGCCUCAACAGAAGAAACUUGAUCCUGACUCUAUCCCUAGUCCAAUCCAGGUUAUAGAAGAAGAUAAAGUUCGAAGGUCAGGCCAGUUCUUCGUAACAAAUACCAAGGGCCAAGUUCCUCCUCUUGUUACCACCAACUGUAUAGUACAGGAUCAAGGAAAUGCAAGCCCUCGUUUUAUACGCUGCACAACUUACUGCUUCCCUAGUACAGGAGACAUAGCCAAACAAUCUCAGAUUCCGUUGGCAGCUGUCAUCAAACCUUUUGCAUCAUUACCAUCAAAUGAGGCACCACUCUGUGUUGUAAGCCAUGGAGAGAAUGGACCAAUUCGUUGUAACAGAUGUAAAGCCUACAUGUGUCCAUUGAUGCAGUUUAUUGAAGGUGGACGGAGGUACCAGUGUGGAUUCUGCAGUUGUAUCAAUGAAGUUCCUCCAUUCUACUUUCAACAUUUGGACCAUAUGGGUAGAAGAUUGGAUCACUAUGACAAGCCAGAGUUGUCGCUUGGAUCCUAUGAAUUUAUUGCUACUUUAGAUUACUGCAAAAAUAGCAAGCCUCCUAAUCCACCAGCCUUCAUCUUCAUGAUUGAUGUGUCAUAUUACAACAUCAAAAAUGGCUGUGUGAAAUUAAUAUGUGAGGAACUCAAGAGCCUGCUGGAUAAAUUACCACGGGAAGAUCAAGCAGAGACCUCUGCCAUAAGAGUUGGCUUUGUCACUUACAACAAGGUUCUUCAGUUCUACAAUCUGAAGAGCAGCCUUGCCCAGCCACAGAUGUUGGUGGUGUCAGACAUUGGAGAGAUGUUUGUUCCUCUUCUGGAUGGCUUCCUUGUCAAUGUCCAGGAAUCUCGACCUGUUAUCAACAACCUACUGGACCAGAUCCCCGAAAUGUUUGGCGACACCAGUGAGAGUGAAACUGUCUUUGCCCCAGUUAUCCAGGCUGGUCUAGAAGCUUUGAAGGCCGCAGAAUGUUCUGGGAAGCUAUUUAUAUUCCACUCAUCCUUGCCAACGGCUGAAGCACCAGGCAAGUUGAAAAACAGAGAUGACAGGAAGCUCGUGAACACAGACAAAGAAAAGGUUCUUUUUCAACCACAGUCAAAUUUCUAUGAGACCUUGGCAAAGGACUGUGUAGCCAAUAGCUGCUGUGUGGAUGUAUUUCUAUUUCCAAACCAGUAUGUGGACGUUGCAACCAUGGGGAUCGUGCCAAUGUCUACUGGUGGCAGUUUGUACAAGUACAAUAAUUUUCAGAUUCAGACCGAUGCUGAACAUUUCUUGAAUGACCUAAGGAAGGAUAUACAGAAGCCAAUAGGAUUUGAUGCUAUCAUGAGGGUGAGGACAAACACAGGCUUCAGGGCAACUGACUUCUUGGGUUCCAUGUUUAUGAACAACACAACAGAUGUGGAAGUGGCAGCUGUUGACUGUGAUAAGGCAAUCACAGUAGAAUUUAAACAUGAUGAUAAGCUCAGUGAAGAGAAUGGAGCCUUAAUCCAGUGUGCUUUGCUGUAUACCAAUGUAGCUGGUCACAGACGCCUUCGUAUCCACAACCUGGCUCUGACCUGCAGUUCUCAACAUGCCGAUCUGUACAAAAGCUGCGAGACAGAUGCACUUAUCAAUUUCUUUGCCAAAUCAGCAUACAGAGCCAUUCUAAGCCAACCUCUGAAGGCUGUUCGAGAGAUACUAGUUAACCAAACAGCCCACAUAUUGGCUUGUUACAGAAAGAAUUGUGCCAGCCCCUCAUCUGCUGGCCAGCUCAUCCUUCCAGAGGCCAUGAAGUUGCUGCCAGUCUAUAUGAACUGUCUCUUAAAGAGUUAUGUCUUACUGGGGAGUUCUGAUCUUCCUACAGAUGAGCGAGCUUUCCAACGGCUAUUGGUCACAUCUAUGGAUGUGGUCAGCACGCAAUCCUUUUUCUAUCCACGGCUUUUACCUAUCCACAAGAUGGAUGUAAAUAGUGAGGAGUUUCCUGCUGCUGUCCGUUGCUCAGAGGAACGUUUAGCUGAUGGAGGAAUCUUUUUGUUGGAAAACGGGAUAAAUAUGUUCCUGUGGCUGGGACUGAACUCUCAACCUGAGCUGAUCCAAGGCAUCUUUAAUGUACCAUCCUUUGCACAUAUCAACACAGACCUUACCUCAUUACCUGAACUGGACAAUCCAUAUUCAAAGAAGAUUAGGUCAAUCAUUGCCAACAUAAGAAACCAGAACCCUUAUUCCAUGAAGCUAAUAAUAAUAAAGCAAAAAGACAAAUCUGAGGGGAUCUUCAGACAGUUCCUGGUGGAAGAUAAAGGCUUACAUGGAGGAGCUUCUUACAUGGAUUUCCUCUGCUAUGUUCACAAGGAGAUCCGUCAGCUCCUCACCUAAAGCCCUCCUUGACCCAUUCUGAUGUAUGCCUUUUUAUUCAGCCUAACAAGAAAAAGGGACAGUGUAAACCACGCCUAUUUAAAAUUGUACAUCAGUAUAUUUUCUUCAUAACUGUUAUUGUCAAGACUUGAGUUUUCUUAGAGGAAACCUGUUUGAACUUAACAGAAAAUCUAGUAUUCACUAUUUUAUAAUAACUCAAUUGCUAGUAUUGAAAUGUCACUGAUAAAUAAAAUAGUUGCUAUUAAUACAUAUAUAUUUAAUAUAUGUAAGCAUAUGUGUACAAUUGACAGUAUCAGUACUCUCAUCUGUAUAUGCAGUUAUGCCUUAACUGAUUUAAAACUGCACCUCCUUCACUGUAGUGGCAGUAAAACACAGUUACUACAUAGUGAUAAAUAAACCAGGAGAUUGUUUUCUAUUUUACAUAAAUUUUCCCACAGCCAAGUAUAUGAUUCCAAUCGACUGAAAGUGUACAGAAGAUAAUAAAAGAGGAGCAGUUAAACAGAUCUUACACCAAAGCAAAACUGCAAUGAAGUCAUACAGUGUUAUCCAAAGUAUUUAUGAAUUUGAUGCCAUUUUUUUAGAACUGAGGCUGGCAGUUGUUGCAGAUGUUCUUCAAAAUAUAUGAAACUUCUUACAGUGUCAUCACAAGGUGAUGAAAUUGCGGGCAACAAGAAAAAACUGACCGUAAUAAUUGUCUUAAUUUUAAUUUUAUUAUUUUUGACAAUUUUGAAUGAGUCCAUUCCAAAAAUCAGCGCACUAAUCAUUCCUACAAGUGAUUAAUCUGGAAGAGCAGGUUUGUUUUGAAUCCUCCCCUAACAUCAAUCCAUCCCACCUCCCUACCGAGUUUAUUACUGUAAUUUAACAUUUACAGGGUAGAGUACUGAAAAACUUGUUAUGUCAGGGUAUGCACAUUUUUUUCAAUUAUGUAUCCUCCUCAAAAUUUAUUUUCUGUAUUUUUUUAAACUAAUACCUAUUUCCGAGUAGAGCUAGAUCAAAAUGCAAAAACUAUAAAUGAUUUAUUUCUUUCAUAGUAAUGGUAAAUUAACUAAAGUAAUCUUUUUUGUGCAAAGGGCCAACAGUCUUAAAUAGUUCUUUUACUUCAUGCAUUUUUCUCUUUACAGUAUUUCUGAAGUGUCACCAAUGGGCAGUAUGUUAAGUUUACUUCAUAUCAGUGUGUAUUGGUGUGAUUCAUAGUCACAUACAUUUGUACAUUGGAUUUCCAUUCCUGAUGUAUCAUUGCUGCUUUUUUUCAAACGGGAUACUAUCUUGUCAUGUAGCAUUAUGUUUGACCUUUCCUAAGCACAAUAUUGAGUGAUAAGGAAUAGUAUUAUAGAUAACCUCUCAUCAAAGCAUAAAAUUAUCAUUUGUCACACCAGCACCAUAACCUGGCAGGGUUGAUUGUACUGCACAGAUGACUUUCACAAUCUAAUCACUUGCAACUUUCUAAAUUUUGAUUGAGGGGGAGUAGGUGCAGCAGAGGGGAUUGCUGUCAGGGUUGGUGGUAAAGAACAGCCAACUUUGAGCUAAUUAGGUCUGGCAGCAUCUGUGGAGAGAAAGCAGAGUUAACAUUUCAGAUCCAGUGACCCUUCAGAAUAAGUGUGUCACAAUGGCACAAUUAAAACUCAGUUUAAAGAAGGGAUAAAGAGACAGGUAAUUCAGAGAUCAUGAUCCUUGCACUUAUUACUAGAAUGGUGUUCACUGAAACUGAUCCAGUGGGAUAUGUGGGGUCAGAAAGAGGGCACCUAAUGUAUAUGGGAUUUUCAGUUAACCGUGGUUAAUAAAGGCCUAUCUUUUGUUCAGUGCAGUCAAAAUUGAAGGCCUGGUUAUCAGAGUGAUCACUUCAAAUCUGACUGCAUACCAUAUUGGAUAUUAGUUUGGGGUACAUUCAAAGUUCAGUCAUGAUCUAGUGCAGGAAUGGUGGUGAUUUGUACUCAGUGCUCAUUUCUUGCCCUGAAUCAAAACUCCAUCCAAUUUCUGGUCCUUUAUCUCAGCUCUGUACCUUCUCCCUUCCGCGUUGACAUUUUGCCCUGGCUGAGGAAAAUAUGUACAAACAGAAGAUUGCCAGAAAGACCAAGGAUGUGGCGCCACCUUUCUCUACCAUCUUCUAUGGAACUUCACCAGUCUCUCACUGGGGCUAUAGCAGUGAAAACCUAAGAAAUUUUAUCUCUAACUAAUAUAAUACGUGAAUAUGAUAUGUGGACUUUGAUAAAUUAUUACAAAUGUUGUGUAUGAACAAGCAGGACAGAAAGAAAGCUUGCUAGAUGCAAGUGCAGAAUUGAAAGUCACGUGCUGUCCUCCCUCCCUCCCUCCAGUGUUUGGUUUUAAUGACUGGAGAGGCUCUUAAUUUCUGUUUGAGGAAUUUUGCACACUUAGUUCUGUAAAUCUUUCAAAAUACAUAACAAACAUUACUAAGUUAAAUAUAUGUAAAUACAUGCAAAGCACAAUGAAAUGUUGAAUACCUAUAUUCUUCAAUUGUUUUUUCAGGUUUGGUGACACAUUUCAUAUUGCAUGCCUUUUUAUGUCAGGGAGAAUUGGAGGAAAGUAAGGAAAUAUAAAAAUGCCUGUAACUUUGAAAAACCGUCAUAAGACUAAGCAAUCUUUUGUGGUAUACAGUGAAUGAGGAGAGAGAGCAAGGCAAAUAGUUGAUAACAGUUAUGAGCGGAUGGUUUUAUUUAUCCCCAAGUCGUUGUUUCAAUCAUGUUUAUGCUGUUGAAGGCAAUUUGUUCUGUGACAGUGCAAAGUGCUGAAAAUGUGUGGGCACUUGGACAUAAUUUCUCCUGUAAUUUGUGAAAAGGUUAGGCACUCAAAUGAAAUAUCAUUCUUAGUGAGCAGCACAUAUUCAGUUCAUGACUACCAUUAGGCACCCAAUGAUUUGAAGUAUGGUUGUAUAAAAUGACAGGGGAAGCCUUUAAUACAUGUGGUAUAUUCAACUUCUGUCAUUUUAAAUUAUAAUGGAUGUAAAACACUCCGUUACGAUAUCCUGUGUGAGCUUUUUUAUUGCCAAAGUGGGGUCGUGCUGCAGUCAUCUAGAAUCAAAAAGAUUGUAUUUCCAUUUAUGCAUAAGACAAAUUACACAUUCAAAAUAAAGUCACCAAUUUUUGGAUUUGUUAUUCUAUGUAAUUAAUAGUAGAUCCUCUUCAUGUAGUUACCUGCAAAUGGCGAUCAUUAAAGAAACCUUUGCAUCUUUUUACAAUGAGGAAUGUGUGACAGAUAAAGUGCUCGUAAUUCAGAUCAUGCGUGACUUUUCUGUCAUGUAUUUUUAUUAUGCAAAUUUUUACCCUGUUAUUAAUUGUUAACAUAAAAAUUGCAAAUAAAACUGAGUGCCUUGUAUUGAAA